AACCCCCCCUCCCUUACCCCCUUACCAAUCCCUGCUCUUCGCCAUGCGCCGUUAAUACCAACCACAACAUUUUUGCACCUUUGCAUAGCAAGCCAGGCCUAGUGUCUGUGGGGGGCACGCCGCCCCCCGCAACAAAAACAGCCGCAAAACCAUCGACGAAUCCAGCCUGGCCCGCGACUUCACCAACCGGAACACGAGGAGGCCGGUCCCGUGGCGUCGGACACCACCACCACCACCACCCCCCCCACGCCUCGGUUCUCGUCUCUGCCCCCCCCCCGGGGUGACGGCAGAAGGCCGAGGCUGCUGGCGCUGCCGUAGCGAGUCGGUGAGGAGGGGGGGCCAUGUCGGAGUCGCUGGCGCAAGACAACGGCUGGGGUGGGGGGCCGCCGGCGGGGGGCGCAGGGGAGGGGGGCCCGGCCGUCGUGCCCCCCGAACGCUACGAUGCCAACCGGGCCAAGACAGCCGCCAGCCUCGCCUGGCUCCUCGGCAAGGCGUACGGCGCAGACCACGUGCCGGAGCACUUGCGUGACCCCUUCUACACGGACCAGUACGAGCAGGAGCACAUCAAGCCUCCCGUGACGCGCCUGCUACUCACCGGGGAGCUCUACUCUCAGCAGUAG